UCAUGCUGCUGCCAGGUCCAGAGUCUGUCAUGGGUCCCUGUACGGCCUCCCAUUGCUGCUGUCUCCAUCGCCACACUCUGCCAUGUGCCACUUUCAGGUCUCCUCACACACUGCUGGUGUGUUGAAUUUUUUGACAUAGGGUGCUGGCAGAUUACGGGCCUCCCAUAGCUGCUGCCAGGCCCCUAAUCUGCCAUGGGCCCCUAUACCGCCUCCUCAUGCUGCUGCCAGGUCCAGAGUCUCUCAUGGGUCCCUGUACGGCCUCCCAUUGCUGCUGUCUCCAUCGCCACACUCUGCCAUGUGCCACUUUCAGGUCUCCUCUCACACUGCUGGUGUGUUGUUUUUUUUGAC